AUGGAGUUUUCUGAAGAACAAAGGCGAAGUGACGAGGAAAAUCGAUUAAUGUUUGGGGAAAAGCGAAAGCUUUCUUCAGAAAACCCACAGAGACAACAGGAUUUCAGGUUAUCCAAAUGUCGGAAGCUCGACGGUGGUGACGAUGCUCGUUUCCAAGAAGGGAAUCGGAGUUACGGAUCCGACUCAGGAUUGAGCGCCAGUGUGCCGGAAAAGUUCCGGGUCAGGCUCGAGAUCUGCUCUGCUGAUUCGUUUUCGGUGACGCCGGCUCAAGUGGAAGGGUUUCGAUACCCGGAAGAGCAAGAUUGCUUUCGUCAAUUGAGAGAGAUUCUUUCUGGGGCGAAUCCUUCACACUACACUCAAAAUGAUGAUGGAGGAAAAGCUGGCGUUUAUAAGAUCAGAGAUUACAGUAUGGUUUCAGGAUGUCUAAGAAGGUCAAAGAUCGUCGAAGUUGAAGAGAUACCUUGGAUAACUUUUGCUGUUGCUGAGAAGCUUUCUCGGUCACUCAUUUCUGGGAAAUGGGAACCUUGUCUACCUGAACAUUACACGGAGGAGAAGGUUGACGAACUGAUUGAUAAUCUGCCAAGAAAACUUGUGAAUUCCCUUUUGCCUUUCCAACUUGAUGGGUUAAGAUUUGGUCUACGGAGAGGUGGAAGGUGUCUCAUUGCAGAUGAAAUGGGGCUUGGAAAGACACUUCAGGCCAUUGCCAUUGCUGGUUGCUUCAUAAGUGAAGGUUCCAUACUUGUUGUCUGUCCAGCUGUUUUGCGUUUCUCAUGGGCAGAAGAAUUGGAACGUUGGUUGCCAUCUUGUUUGCCUGCGGACAUACAUCUCGUUUUCGGUCAUCAAAAUAAUCCUGCCUAUUUACCAAAAUGGCCAAAAGUUGUGGUUAUCUCAUACAAAAUGCUUCAGCAUCUUCGAAAGACCAUGCUUGAGCGAGAAUGGGCCCUCUUGAUAGUAGAUGAAUCUCAUAACGUACGGUGUUCAAAGAAGAGUUCAGAACCAUCUGAGAUAAAGACAGUCCUUGAUGUUGCUGAAAAGGUUAAGCACAUAGUUCUGUUGUCAGGAACUCCUUCUUUAUCGAGGCCCUUUGACAUUUUCCAUCAGAUAAACAUGCUCUGGCCUGGUUUGCUGGGAAAGGACAAGUAUGAGUUUGCGAAAACCUAUUGUGAAGUUGGGCUUGUGAGAGGUAUUCAAGGGAAAAUUUUCCAGGAUUUUUCAAAGGGUACUCGCUUACAGGAGUUAAACGUACUGCUAAACCAAGCAGUGAUGAUCAGAAGGCUGAAGCGGCAUGUAUUAACACAGUUACCCCCAAAACGUAGGCAAAUUGUAACCAUAAUGCUAAAGAAGUCCGAUAUAGCUUUAGCAAUGGCUAUUGUCAGCGCGGCUAAUCAAAAGGCUAAUGAACAAAAUGCUACUAUAGCAGAAGUCACAGAAAACUCACAUGAACCUAAAGGUAUAGCUAAAAAGGCUUCUGGAUCAAAUAAAGCUGGACAUAUAAAUGCAGAGGACUUGGAUGAACCAAAAGACUCUGACAAGGAUAACCAACUAUGUGGGAAACUUUCCUAUCAACAACUUGGCGUUGCAAAGCUUUCUGCGUUUCGUGAAUGGUUAUCCCUGCAUUCACUUAUAGCGGGAUCGGAUUAUAUUCGAGAAGAAAUUGAUGAAGACACAAGCUCAACUAAGAUGGUAAUUUUUGCACAUCACCAUAAGGUUCUGGAUGGAAUACAGGAAUUUAUAUGUGAUAAAGGGAUUGGUUUCGUCCGCAUUGAUGGGACGACAUUGCCAAGAGAUAGACAACUGGCUGUACAGUCCUUCCAGUAUUCUAGUGACGUGAAAGUUGCAAUAAUUGGCGUAGAAGCUGGGGGAGUUGGACUUGACUUCUCAGCAGCGCAAAAUGUUGUGUUCUUGGAAUUGCCGAAAACACCAUCACUGAUGCUUCAGGCUGAGGAUAGAGCACAUAGGAGAGGCCAAACAAGUGCAGUCAAUGUAUAUAUCUUCUGCGCAAAGGAUACGAUGGAUGAGUCAAAUUGGCAAAAUCUGAACAAGAAGUUGCACCGUAUUUCAUCUACCACUGAUGGAAAAUAUGAUGCGAAGACUGAAAUCGAAAUUGAAGGAGCAUAUCUUUUCAAGCCUGCUGAAGAAAGUAGUGAACGAGAAGCUCAUGAAGUGCAAACAUCAAAAGCUACUAGUGUAGUAGCUGAUAAGAUUCUUGAAAGCUGUGAAGAUCUGGGAUAUGAGAUGGAUGUAUCAGAUACUAUUGAUGAUCUCAAGGACAAUAUGAUUCCUCAUUUGGAAAUAUUAAAAGUAUGUCCUCUUAUUGAAAAUUGUUCCGGGUCUGAGGAGAGGUCUUCUGACACCAUAUUAGACCAGGAAAACCAAGUUAAUCAUCAUCCUAAAAAGCUUAUCGCUGAAGAUAUGCAUUUGAAAGAGGAUGAUUCGAAUUCCUUUUCCCCUCUCGUAGAUUCUCUACGAUUUGAGGUGAGCCAAAACACUGGAAGAAUUCAUUUAUAUUCUUGCAUUCCUGGGAAAGAUCCACGACCAAGGCCUCAUUUCCAGAACUUCAGACCAGAGGAGAUUGAAGCAAGCAAUUCAAUUCCAGUUAUCAAUAAAGAAAAAACGUCUGAAUCAAUUAUGGAACAUCCGGAUUAUGUACAUGCUAUUUUAGAAUUUAUGAAAGAGUGGAAAUCAUUACGGCCAAUCGAAAAGCGGAAACUACUUGGAAAGCCUUUGCAACUACCUCUAUCACUGGAGUUAAGUUACUUGAGUGAAAGUACUAGUCAUAACAGCGAGGGAUUGCUCAGGGGAGGGAGCAAAAGACGAAAGACACCAUUUUCUGAGAUCAGUAUUCCUUUACCUCCAAAUUCAGUGUGGAAAAAGGUCAACCUUCGAAGUGGCUACCAAAAAAAGGAAAAAGAAUACACCCAAGCUUGGAGUACGAGCAACGAACCACUCUGUAAACUCUGUCAAAAGCCCUGCAAGGGAAACAACGCCAAAGAGCCUGAGUAUUUUGAGGAUCUUUUCUGUGAUCUUGCAUGCUAUGAAGAUUACCGAACAAGAACAAGUAGCAGAUAUAUUCGCCAGGAACUUUUUCAGAUAGAACAUGGGAUUUGCUCAAACUGCAACUUAGAUUGCCACCAACUUGUUACACGAAUAAGGCCUUUACCGCUGGAAAAACGCCGUAAAUACAUAAAUAAAGUUGCGCCAGAAUUGUUUGCCCGGAAGAACUUGCUCGAAACCCUGGUUAAUGAUCCAAAUGAGGGAAAUGCGUGGCAUGCAGAUCAUAUCAUUCCAGUUUACCGAGGUGGAGGCGAGUGCCGGCUAGAGAACAUGAGGACGCUUUGUGUGGCUUGUCAUGCCGAUGUCACUGCAGGUCAAUGCACAGAACGUAAACUGAUACGGUCCAAAGCCAGGAAGCAACUGAAAAACACAUUAAACGAACUCAGAAACAAUCCAAACCAAACAAAUCUCUUAGCUGACAACACAAAGGAAGCUGAUUGUUCGGUUUCAGCAAUCGAUGAAGAGGAAGACGAGCUUCUGAUCGAAGUUCCAGGCAGUGCCUACUCCAUAGAUCAGAAAACCAGUCAUGCCGAAACCCAUACAUCUCCCUGUCGGGAUGUGGUUUCGCUAAAAACUCCUCCCAAACAGACUCAAACUAAGUCUCCUAGAUUCACUAGACCUAUAAUCGCCACUAACUCAAUAACCACUUGA